UUAUAGAAUUGAAAAAUGAAAGUAAGCUCAACUGGAAGCCCCACAAAUUUUUCUUUUCUUCAUUUGUUUGUUUCUAUAAUCUUCAACUAAGUAUUCCCUCCAUUUCUUUAUCUCUCUCUAGGAUCUGUCAAUGAGAUCACAAAAAACCCAAUCAGUUUUAUUUUCUGGGCCAUCACCUUUUCCUUUCAUAUUAAUACUCUUUUGCUCCUUUUGUCGAUCCACUUUUGUUUUGUGAAUUGAAUUGGUCAUUCUUGAUGUAACUCACGAGAUUUCAAAGGUUUAACCUCUCAGUCAUUCAUUUUCUGUAAGCAAGAGUAGAAAUAGAAAGAGGAGCAAGGACAAUAGUGGAGCCAUUGAGAGACAGAAUGGACGGCGUUGAUCGCGUGAUCAGAAGAAAAACUCUUGCUGAACGGCUUGGAUUGAAGAAUAUUGGGUGCUGUGGGAGCACAUGGGCCCUCCGGCCAACCACCGUUAGUGAACGAGACGACGAUGAAGAAGAGUAUGGCCCACUGGAACCACAAAUUGAGGUCAUAACUGUAAACCACGCGCCGCCGCAAAUCGAGUCAACUCCAGACUGCAUCAGUCAUUCUCCAGCGGCAUCGGGGAUGAACUUGGCGGCGGCAUUGGCGGCGGAACGCCACCUCAGAGCAGCGCUAGAUUCGGAUAAUGGAGGAAUUGACCCAGGCCCAAGCCCAAGCCCAGCAAGGUCCAGUAACAAUGAAUGGUACGAUGUAACUGCAGGAACCGCACCGAGGACCCCAUUUAGAGUGUCGUUGAUGAGACUACUUGAGGAAACGGAUUAUUGCGAUAAAGAAGUGAAGAAAGAGGAAAGAGGAGCAGCAGGAGGUGGGAGUGGUGAUUCAGUGUGCUGCGUGUGCAUGGGAAGGAAAAAAGGUGCAGCAUUCAUACCAUGUGGGCACACUUUUUGCAGAGUUUGUUCAAGAGAGUUGUGGUUGAAUCGAGGUAAUUGUCCCCUUUGCAACCGUUUGAUUCUUGAGAUCCUCGACAUUUACUGAGAUCAAGAUUGAUUCUUGAGGUUUGUGACGGAUUUGAGUCAAAAGAUGGCGAUGAAUUUUUAUGAUAAUGUAGAAUUUACUCGUACCAAUUUUAAGUCGUAUAAUUGACUGAUACUGUAACCGGAGAAAUUUUAUCUCGUGCAAAAGCAAUACUUCUGUUGCAAAUAC